AUGCAUACCGUCGAGUAUGGCGUGAGCUUCUUGCCUGUUUCCUCUUCUACGGCUAAGCAGGCAUCCGACCCCGACUUCUCGCCCCCGACUGCUGUUCAGCCCGCCGCGAUUGAAUCGCCCGUCAAGGUCAUUGAGGUCUUAGAGACGAAGCUACAGGAUAGUGUGAAGGGAGAUCCAGUGAAGGCGACGCCCAUCAAGAGCCUGGAGACUAAGAAUCCCCAGAUUAUACGCUUCCUGCCCACUGAAGAACUGCCAAGAACCUACGCCGAUUCUGCAAGCCUCGCCGCUAAAUACCCCGAAUACGCGAAAGCAAUUCUCGCUCUACCUCUCCCUUCCUUCGUUCCGAGCACUCCACUUCCCGAUAACCGUUGUAACACCGAUAAGCCUAACACCUCCUUCGGUCAGCAGAGUCCUUUCCAGACGCCAGCGAAACAGAGCACUCCAUCACGCGAUCAACCUCGUCACCUCACGUUAAAGAGUAUUGGUCCCUCCAGUCGUUUCCGGCGCGACGAUGGCCACGACAAGGAGAACGCCUAUACGCCACAGUGGCGCGCCAAUUCUAACGAUAACGCAGGUUACUCGUUUGUAACGAGUCCCGGCGUUGGUCAAGGUCGUUUCACGGAGACUAGAGGUCGAACACGGACGAGAGGCAUUAGAGGAGCUUCCUUCAGGACCCAAAGGUCCAGAGCGACGUCGCCUAGACAGUCCGGGCCAUUCCACCAUACUGCUAGGACUUUCGGCAGCGAGUUGGUCGACAAGCUGGAGAAGGAAGGCUCUGGUCCUGCUCGGAUCGAGAGAUCACAGCCGGUCGGAGGUGGACUUGUACCCAUUCAAACUUCGAACAUACCCUCACUAUUCAACGGUGUCGCGGUGGAUGUCUCGCAGUCGAAGGGCGCGUCCAAGUCUCGAGAAGACUCUGUACCAAACCUGGAUUUGGUCACAACUGGUGCGGGCGACAGUGUAGACACAGACGAACCUGAACCUCUCUUUUUCGAUCCGCCGUCCUCGCCACCGUCUCCACCGUCGGCCGCGACAGUUCAGACCAUUGGCUUCGCCACAACCGAUUUCUCGCAGCCUAGUCAGCCGCAACCAGAGAGCUGUGGACCCAUUAACUCUUCACCACCAACUAUCACAAUUUCGACGUCAUCUUCGAGUCUCGAUCUAAACCACGAGCGUUUACUCCCCAGCUCCGGCACUGAAUAUUCAUUCGAGACGAAAUUCGCGUUAUCUUCGCCGGAGCCUCCAUCCGAAGAUAUACUUCGCUCUAAUACCUUGGAAUAUUUCCAGCGUCGGAAGAAGGAUAGACAUACGGAUGCGGCGGUUUGGGAAGAGAAGGUUCUUCCGGACUCUUCCGUUGAGAUUGAGUCUAGUGGAGGGAAAGAGAGUGCGACUUCUUCUGUCUGCCAAAUAGAGAAAGAGGUAGUUCUCACAUCUCUUGAGACACCGUUUGACCACCCAAAGUCGUCCCAGGGUUACCAUGUGAAAUCACUACCAUCACCAUUUUCACCUGCAUCCCCACCGACGACACCGUCUCCUCCAAGCACACUUCCAGGCUCCGUUCUCAACUUCCUGCCUGCUCCCGUCUUCCACAUAUCGUCCGCCGUAGUCGAGACCUCACCAACACCUCGUAUAGACGGCGCCUUUCCCGUUCAGCCAGAUUCCGGCUGUAACAAUGUAUCUUCUCAGCAACCCACGAGUCAACUGCGCGUUGAUAUCAACGAAGCCUCCCGUUCAUCGGACCAGGACCAGGAUCCUUUCGUCGCCAGUACCACACCUAUACUACACGCCGCGCAGCCCACGAAUGACCAGACCCCUUCAGGUCCACGUCUACUUUCCCCACGACACCUCACAACCAUAAGCACUCCUUCCCGUCCGAACGCGCAGGCGAGUGCGAUUUCUGCGAGUCGCGUGGGUCGAAAGAGUCCUAGAAUCGCACUCGUCGAGCGCGAGAUGGCUCAGGGCCCGGCUCUGGUGUGGCGUCGCGCGGCGAUCGGGUUGAGGAUGCAGGCAGGGCUGGAGUCGCCUACUCUUCCGCAUAGUCCGAGGCGUUCGAGUGCGAACAUUCGUACUAGCCCUAGUCCCAGCCCUAGUCCUGAGGCUUGUUCCGACGUGGAGGCCAAGGACCCAAUGCUUGGGUUCGAGGACGACUUCAUGCCAUCGCCUCUGCCGCUGUCCUCCAAGGAUGCAAUUCUAUCCCCACCGCAAGCUAUGGCUGUCCAGGGAAAUGACGGUCAGAAAAGCAGCGACUGUGGCGCCAUCGGUCGGGACAGUUGCGACGAAGAUCCUUUCACUGUGGGUAAAAAGGACAGGAUGGACGCUGUUCAGUUUGACUCCAAGUUACAGAACGACAUUGAAGACUGGUGCGGCGCAACUGAAGGAGUUUUAGUGUGGAGGUUUUACGAUGAUUUGGGACGGACGACAACGAUGCUACAAACUCCGACUCGCGGUUCUGCCACAGCCUGA